AUGGAGGUUGAGGGAGAGUCCUCACAUGCUGGUGAUCAGGGCGGCCGUGGCAUUGGUGCAGCCAAUGGUGGAGCCAACCAAGGAAACCAGCUGGUGGAACCUCCCAUGAAGGAGGUGCUUGAUGCAAUCAGGCUUAUGGGUAGCCAGAUGCUGGCUAUGACCCAAGUGAUCACUCCAUUGGUGAAUUCAUCAGUGGGACAAGCUCCACAAGUUCAGGUGGUAGAACCAGGAGCUGCUGGACGAGUUGCACCAGUUGAUGAGGUGAUCGAACUCGAUCCGCCAGCUAGAAGAUCUGGUAAGGUGGACUACUUGAAGUAUUUCCCGGCUGAAGCAUGGGAUCGUUUGGAGGCCAAGUUCUUGGACUUGACUCAAGGGCGCAGGUCAGUCAGGGAGUAUGAAGAGGAGUUCAAUCGGCUCAGGAAGUAUGUAGGUAAGGAUUUGGAGGAUGAGAAGGUUCAGUUGGUCGAGCGCAUGGCAAUGCUGGAGACUAACCUUGUUGAAGAGGCCAGACUCAAGACUAGGAGUCAGGCAAGUGGUACUGGUCAUGCUGGUGACCGGAAGAGGAAGAGAGACUCAAAUGAUGAGGGUAAGACCUCAGGUGGAAGGCCGGAGUGCCAAAAGUGUGGAAGGCGCCAUGGUGGUGAGUGUUGGAGAGCUAUGGGAGCUUGCACUAGGUGUGGCAAGAUGGACCACUCCGUUCGGGACUGUCCUGGACCAGAUCAGAUUCGUGGUCAAGCGGCUGGUGGUGACUCUAGGACUUGUUUCCAGUGUGGGAAGGCCGGACACUUCCGAAAGGACUGUCCUAAGCUUCAGGAUGGAUCAGGCAGGAUGAAGUCUGAGGUUAGCAAGCCGGAACCAAGCCGUGGCCAGACAUCUGCACCAAGGGUCUAUGAGUUGUCUAAGGACACUGAUGAGGCCAAGCCUUUCAUGGCGAUCACUGGAGAUGAUCAUGGCCUAGUGAGUGCGGCUGGAGGCCAAUUGAUGCCCUCAUUAGGACGAGUGAAGGACAUCCCAGUGGUGAUCCAGGACAGGGUAAUGCCUGUGGAUCUUGUUGUGGUCCAACUCAAGAAUCAUGAGGUGAUCUUGGGUAUGGACUGGCUUGGAAAGAAUCGGGCAACCUUAGACUGUCACCGGGGGAGGGUGCUGUUUGAGAGUGGGUGUGGACCCCCGAUCAGGUUCCAAGGUAUUCGUCCAACCUCUGGAUGCUUUGUGGUAUCAGCAGUCCAAGCGGAAAGGAUGCUUGAGCGGGGUUGUGAGGCUUAUAUUGCCACAAUCACCACUAAGGAGGUUGUUGGGGGUGGUACCCCGGACGGGAUUCCGCUGGUCAGUGAGUUCGAGGAUGUGUUUAGGUCUCCACAGGGCAUUCCCCCUGAUAGGUCAGACCCAUUCAUAAUAGAACUGGAACCAGGGACGGCCCCAAUGUCAAAAAGUCCCUACCGCAUGGCUCCUGCUGAGAUGGCCGAGCUAAAUAAACAACUAGAGGAGUUGUUGGAUAAGGGUUUCAUACGCCCUAGUGUGUCGCCUUGGGGAGCACCAGUCCUCUUUGUGAAGAAGAAGGAUGGUAGCUUUAGGCUGUGUAUUGACUAUCGAGGGCUGAAUAGGGUUACUAUCAAGAAUAAGUACCCAUUGCCUCGGAUAGAUGAGCUGUUGGAUCAGCUUAAGGGAGCAAGGUGGUUCUCUAAGAUUGACUUGGCUUCAGGGUAUCAUCAGAUCCCAAUUGAACCAAGUGAUAUAAAGAAGACUGCAUUCAGAACCAGGUACGUCCACUAUGAGUUUGUGGUUAUGCCAUUUGGUCUGACCAAUGCACCAGCAGCAUUCAUGAAGAUGAUGAAUGGUACCUUCCGGGACUUCUUGGAUGAAUUUGUAAUCAUCUUUAUAGAUGACAUACUUGUAUAUUCUAAGAGCAAGGAGGAUCAUGAAAGGCAUCUCCGGGCUGUACUGGAAAGGUUGAGAGAGCAGCAGCUCUUUGCUAAGUUAAGCAAGUGUAGCUUCUGGCAGAAGAGCAUUGGCUUCCUUGGACACAUUGUGUCAAGUGAAGGUGUGUCUGUUGAUCCGGAGAAGGUAGUAGCCAUAAGGGCAUGGCCUCAGCCUAAGAAUGCCACAGAAGUCAGGAGCUUCUUAGGGCUGGCCGGCUACUACAGGAAGUUUGUGAAGGGCUUUGCUAGUUUGGCACAGCCUAUGACUCAGUUGACAGGAAAGGAUGUUAAGUUUGUGUGGUCAGAGGAGUGUGAGAGAAGUUUCUCUGCGCUUAAAAACAUGCUUACUAGUGCACCAGUCCUUGUCCUGCCUGAGGAGGACCAACCAUAUGUGGUGUACACAGACGCCUCCAUUACUGGAUUAGGCUGUGUACUGAUCCAACAUGGGAAGGUCAUUGCGUAUGCCUCAAGACAAUUGAGGAAGCAUGAGGGCAAUUACCCAACACAUGACCUGGAGAUGGCAGCAGUGGUGUUUGCCCUGAAGAUUUGGAGAUCAUACCUAUAUGGUGCCAAGGUUCAGAUACUUACAGACCACAAGAGUCUAAAGUAUAUCUUCACUCAGCCUGAGUUGAACCUAAGGCAAAGAAGGUGGAUGGAGUUUGUGGCAGAUUACGAUCUGGACAUAACUUACUAUCCAGGAAAGGCCAACUUAGUGGCUGAUGCUUUGAGCCGGAGAAGGGCUGAGGUUUCAGCUGAGAAGGAGGCUGAUAUAUUGGAAGGGAUGGUCCGGUCACUCAACCUUAACACACUGGCUAGUGCUGAUGAGCCAUUGGGGUUGGAGGCAGUGGAUCAGGCCGAUCUCCUUACCAGGAUUUGUGCAGCUCAGAAGCUGGAUGAGAACCUUCAAAAGAUGUAUAGAGACUUGAAGAGAUAUUACCAUUGGGUGCGCAUGAAGACUGAUGUGGCCGAGUGGGUGGCAAAGUGUCCCAUUUGCCAAUUGGUCAAGGCGGAACACCAAGUGCCCAGUGGACUACUCCAAAGCUUACCCAUUCCAGAAUGGAAGUGGGAUCACAUCACCAUGGAUUUUGUGACUGGUUUCCCUACGACCAGAAACAAAAAGGAUGCUGUUUGGGUGGUGGUCGAUAGGCUAACCAAGUCGGCUCACUUCUUGGCAAUCAAGAAGGGGGAUGGUGUGGAUGAGAUUGUGCAGAUCUACAUCAAUGAAAUAGUGAGGUUUCAUGGUGUACCUGAAAAGAUGAAGGAGGCUCAAGAUAGACAAAAGAGCUAUGCGGACAAGAGGAGGAAGCAUCUUGAGUUUGAGGUUGGUGACCUAGUGUAUCUCCAGGUGAUUACCUUCAGAGGCAGGACCACGGUUUCUGGAAGAAGGAAACUGGAUCCUAGAUACUUGGGUCCAUUCAGGAUCACGGAGAGAGUGGGCGCAGUGGCAUACAAGUUGGAUUUGCCAUCAGCAAUGGAUGCAUAUCACAAUGUGUUCCAUGUGUCCCAACUAAGGAAGUGCCUAUCCGAACAGGAUGUGGUGUUGCCUGAGAUUCCCAAAGAUCUUGGUAAGAACCUAACCUUAGAAACAAGGCCGGUUCGAAUCAUAGAUAGGGCAGAGAAGGCAACAAGGAAGAAGACAGUACCUAUGAUCAAGGUAGUGUGGGAGAGUAAUGGCAAGGACAUUAUCACUUGGGAAACCGAGGCAAAGAUGAAGGCUGAGUAUCAUGAGUGGUAUGAUCAGUAUGUAAAAUCCAUAGUAUAUCACCAAGCGGAGAUGACCCCGAGGGAGAUCGAGCUCCUCAACCGGCUUGAAAUUCUUCAAAGUCAGGUCACCGACCUUCACAAAAAUCGGGAGACCACGCCUGGAGGUCAUGAACUUCUUCUAGAAGUUCAAACCCAAAAAGAUCAACUUGGAGAACACUCCAAGCAGCUACAACAAAGCGCCGGGAAGCUAGACGCUAUGGAGGCAGAGAAUCUUGUCCUUCGACAAGAGAACCAAACCCUCGGCGAAACCAGCAAAAAGCGAAAGCGGUUCCGAACUAAGGUUCGACCUAUGGCUUCGCUCAACACUCCCCGCGAUGGUGAAAGAACGUCUCACCGACCCGUCACCACCAACGAUGAACCUGAGGGCCGAGAAGCCGCUCACAACGAGACCCGGGUGCAGGUGGAUAGCGAUUCUGACGCGGAGGACAAAGAGUACUCACCUGAUAAUCCCAUGAUAUCAGACCUAGCUCUAGCUGCCUAUCUAGAAAGGGUGGUUUUCGAGAAGUUCAAUACCAUUCAAUUUAUGGUGGAAAGGCUUCCAGGAGUAGCUCCCCCUAUCCGGAAGAGCAAUCCAGGGUCCUAUUCCGAUACACCUUUCGUGGAAGACAUUGCUUUGGUGGAGAUGCCACGCAAGUUCUCCUUCACGAGCAUAAAGAUGUAUGAAGGUACAGGAGAUCCCGACAAUCACGUCGCUCAGUACAAGCAACGCAUGCUAGCCAUAGCAAUCCUCCGGGAUGCACGGGAAGCUACCAUGUGCAAGGGAUUCAGAUCGACCUUGACCGGCCCUGCUCUUCAAUGGUACAUCAAUCUUCCUACCAAGUCCAUCAGGUCCUUUGCAGCCCUUAGCGACAAGUUUGUGGAGCAAUUCGCUAGUAGCCGCAACCUAGAGAAAAACUCAGACGAUCUCUACGAAGUCCUCCAGCAUAGGAACGAACCUCUGCGUUCCUACAUAGCAGGCUUCAACCAGAAGGUGGUUAUCCCCGAGUGCAACGCUGAUACGGCUAUCUCAGCCUUCAAGCAGGGCCUACUCCCGGAGUGA